AUGUCCUCCCGGAUGGCGGCCUUGUCGCUUUAUCGCCGCUCUUUGAAGCUCGCGCUCGACUGGUCGGUACACCGUGAUGUCUGGCGCGGCCAGGCGCUCUACAUCCGCUCCCUGUUUGAGAAGAACCGGGCUGUCACCGACCCUAGACUACAGCGUGCGCUGUUGAAAGAGACAGAGAAGUUGUUGGAGAAGUGGAAGCACCCCGACCCUUAUAUCCCCCCAACGGCCCCCGGAGGAUCCAAGUACGAGAGAAACUUGCAAGUCCCCAACCUCGACCCUCCCCCGCCGCUCAAGUUCUGA